CCUCUCGAGAAUCUUUUAUGGUAAAAGUGGAGGUUCAAGAGGGUGCAGAAUCUGUUGUGCUGCCCUGCCAGUACAAUCAAGUAUUGGAAGAGAUUGUUACAGUGAAAUGGAGCCGCCGGGAUCUUAAUCCCAGUAUUGUCCAUCAAAGACGAGAAGGAGAUGACCUGCAAUCACAAAAUCAACUUUUCAGUGGAAGAACAUCAAUGAGAUCUGAUGCUCUAGACUCUGGUAACUUCAGCCUCAUUCUGAGUAAAGUCCAGCUUUCUGACAUCGGCAACUACAUUUGCAGCCUGAUUGAUGAAGAAGAAGAAAAAACACUAUCUGAAGUUGAACUGCAGCUGAAAGCCUCUCAGGAUUCAUUGACUAAAAAAGUGGAGGUUCAAUGGGUUCAGUCUGUUGUUCUGCCCUGUCAGUACAGCCAACCAUUAGAAGAGAUGGUUACAGUGAAAUGGAGACGCUUGGAUCUUAAACCUGAUAUCGUCCAUCAACGGCGAGAAGGAGACAACCUAGAAUCACAAAAUGAGAUUUUCAAAGGACGAACAUCAAUGAGAGCUGAUGCUUUCGACUCUGGUGAUUUCAGCCUCACUCUAAGUGAACUCCAACUUUCUGACAAUGGAAACUACACCUGCAGCAUGAUUGACGAAGAAGAAAAAGAAACAACACUGUCAGAAGUUCAUCUGCUUGUCAAAGGUCAGUAG